AUGGUGAAAUUGACAACUGACCUUGUUGAGGGGGCUAUGCAAUAUACAAAUCCACUUAAAGACCGAGAGCUUGAUCUUAGGGGCUACAAAGUUCCUGCGAUUGAAAAUUUGGGAAGUACUCUCGAUCAGUUUGAUACGAUCGAUUUUACGGACAAUGAGAUCCGCAAACUUGAUGGUUUCCCUCUUCUUCAACGCCUAAAGGCCCUCAUCCUAACGGACAAUAAAAUUGUUCGUAUUGGUGAAGACUUGGUAUCCUCUGUUCCUAAUCUUGAAACGCUUAUUCUCACGGACAACAACAUUGCUGAGCUUAAGGAUCUUGAUCCACUGGCUCCUUUGACCAAACUGACUUUUCUCUCCCUCGCGCGAUGCCCGGUCACAAUGAAGAUGAAUUAUCGCCUUUAUGUCAUUGGGAGGCUGCCACAGCUUCGGUUUCUCGACUUUAAACGAAUAACCCAGUCAGAGCGGAAACAAGCUCGUUCCUACGUAAAGCAUUUGACGCCGCUUGCUCCGUCUUCAACUGGUACUACAGUUGCAAAUAGCAGCAACAAGGGGAAGGCGUCUGGCACCGCUGCCGUAAAAACCUUUGUUCCAGGUGCCCCCGUCGGUCAAAAAACAAGCAACGGUGACAACUCAAAUGCAUCUGGUACCACAAAAACCCAACAGAAAUCUCCGGCCUCUAACCAAUCAAGAGAAUUUCCUCAAGCUACUCUCCAUGCGGGUGUAAAACGUGUCAUGCUGAGUGGCGGAAGCAAUCAGGACCUCUUAGCUGUUCAAGACGCCAUCAAGAAAGCCAAGACCAUGGACGAAGUGGAAAGACUCCACCAGAUGCUGAGCAGCGGCCAGUUUGCUGGGUUCGCCGCUCACUGGCACAAGCAGCAGAAAGGCUGA